AUGAAUAGUGAAUAGAUUGUUGUGUAAUAUAAGAAUAAAGUAGAAGAAUGUCUUUAAGGUUUUUAAUAAGAUUUAGAUGUAAGUUAUUGAAUAAUAUUAAAUGAUUAGUGCUCUUACAACAGAAUUGAUGCUUAUCUAGAUUAACUUCUUCUUGAUCCUUAUCCAUCUGUUCCAAUAAAGAAUCUUAAUUUGGCCCUACCAAUUGUAUAAAUAUCUAUACCUUCCAUAUAACCAUUACAUAAUUAAUUAAUUCAAGAACUCAAACCUAUAAUCAAUUCGACUAUUCAUAAACAAAUCAAAUUAAAAUAACAAAACAUAGAUUAACUUUAAUAAUAACUAAUUUUAUUAUAAAAUAAACCAAUAUAACAAGACAAUCAAAUUAUAUAACAUAAUCAUCAUUAAUCCAAUCUUAAACCAUUUAAUUAUAAUUUAAUAUAGAAUAAUUCAAUUUAAUAAA